UUAAAUGCGUGUAUGAAGAAAGGAGAAGUAGGAGGAUUUGGGAGGCAUUAAAGUGAUAUCUACUUCUCACCUUAAAUGCUUGGCCUAGCUACUGCUCCUCCAUUUAAAUGCCUUCGAUCAACCCAAUUAAAGAACCUUCAUAAGUACCUUCAAACUAAUAUUACUCCUCCUCCUCCUCCUUCUACUAUAAUUCUCUCUAUUUCAUUUCCCAACACUACCUAGCUCGAGAUUUUCUCUACUACAUAAUACAAUCUCAACCUCAACCCCAGCCAAGUCCUACAUUCAUUUCAAUUAAUAUCAAUAUUUAUAUUAUAUAGUUUUACGAGUUUGUAAACAUAACUAUAUACAUAGAUAGGUGGAUGGAAUUUCCAGAGUUGUCGUUGGCUCCAACGCAGGCUUUUGUUCAUAAAAACGGCAACAACAAUAUUGGUUUGUCGUUGGAAUCAGAUCAUAGCAGCGCUUCAAGAAAAAGGAAGCUCUUUCAAGAUCAUCAUCAUUUUCUCAUGAAUACUACUAAUAAUAAUAUUGAUCAUCAUCAUCAUCAACAACCACUCAGCGUUGAUCUUCAACUGAAAGAUCCUCUACCUUUGGAUUGGGAGCAGUGUCUCGAUCUCGAAUCGGGAAAAAUGUAUUACUUGAACAGAAAAACGCUGAGAAAGAGCUGGAACUGGCCGAUUCCGAUGGAACAAGCGGCAGCCGCGGCGCUAGACCUAGAGCUCAACAUGUCAUCUCUCUCUGAUCAGGAUCAUCAUCAUCAUAACAGGACGUUAAAUGGGUUCUCUGAUCAGAUGUUCAUGAAGAGACAAAGUUCCUCUGUGGGUGGGAGCACUAACAACAACAACAACAACAACAUGGUUGCUUUGGCUUGUCUCAAUUGUCAUCUUCUUGUUAUACUCUCUAAGUCUUCUCCUUCAUGCCCUAAUUGCAAGUAUGUCCACUCACUCCCUUCCGUCAGCCACCACAACGGUUCUCCGGCGCCGUCCAAAGUCGCUUCCGUUAAGUCUUUGAACACUUUAAGCCUCCUCAAUUAACUAUUAAUAAAUAUUUAAUUAUGAUCAUGUCAUUAUAUUAUAUGUAUGUCAUUAGAGAAUUAAUGUGUAAAAUAGGAAGAUAAUGAUCAAAUUAAUUACCAUGAAUGAAGUGGUGGUAGUAGUACUGCAAAAUUAAGCAUGAGAAAUUAGAUCAGAAAAAUCAAGUUAUGACGUCUAUGUGUAUCAAUUAUAUGUUUGAUCGGUUUUCUGAUGAGAAUAAUUAUAUAUGUAUGCACGUUAUUGUUGUUAUAUAUGGAUCCAACUACAUUGAGUAAGUAAA